AACAACGCACUCAUUUCACCCGAAACGGCCACGACCGCUGCACGCACGACACACUAGCGCAGUUCCCCCUUCCGUGUAGUCGCUUCCGAAGCUCUUUUGAGGUUUUGACAGUUCCGAGUUCCCGGCGACUUCGAGUUUGGAAUUCCCGGCAUUUCUGAGUUUUGAACUUCCGACUUAGUUUCCUGACAUGGGAUUCUGAAUUCUCGACAGUUCCUCCUCAUGAACUGAGCAUCGAAAACAACUAAACUUUCGGAAAAUGAGCAGCAAGAAACUAAUAACGACGAGGACGGUAGUGAUGGUAGUGAGCAUGAUGAUCUGUGCCGUGCCCGCCGGAAGACCUCCAGAGAGCCUACUCAUCUACAGAAUCCGGAGCAGCGAGGGGCGGGGACUCACGCAGGCUCAUCGAUAUAUGGUGGAGAGAGAAGCUACCGACAAGCUGGAACAACAAGCCUCCGCGAGUCUCGUCCUGACGAAGGCCGGCCUCAAGCACACCAGGCGAAGGAGACACGCGCAGGCAGACCCCGGCGUGAGCGAGGACCACGCGGACACGCCUGCCGAGGACAUACCAGAGGAAGGAGGACCGAACGCUGACGGAAAAACGACGGUGCCGGAGCAAGAAACGAAGACGCAGAAGAGAAGGAAGAUAAGAAAGAAGAAGAUCCCUGGAGUAGCAGCAAGGUCGGGAAUGCUGCUGAGACAUGGCAACAACAUCGUGAAGGUCAGACGGGUGAAGAAACGGAAGGGAGUUCCUGAAGGCGAGAUACAAGGGACUCAGCUACGAAUGGGAACGCCCAAAGGGAAUGGCAUCAGGAUUCGCCAGGGAACGGCAGCCGUGAAGGACAAGACAUCUCGGCAGGGUGAGAGCUACCGCCAAGGGGAAGCCAGGCAGAAUGCUCCAGAAGAGGAAGAAUACUAUUACUAUUACGAGUAUUAUGAAGAUGCUAACGAUACGGCAGUCCAGAGUGAAAACGUGACAAAGGGCAAUGCGAGUAAUACACAAGGCCAGGAAGGAGACGGCACCGAUGGCUACGAAGAUUACUACUACUAUGACGAAACUCCCGAUACCGAGAGCCCAGGAGACGGCACCGAUGGCCAAGUAGGAGACGGCACCGAAGGCCAAGAAGGAGACGGCACCGAAGGCCAAGAAGGAGACGGCACCGAAGGCGACCAGGGCUACUACUACGACGACACCGAAGGCGGAGAUAACGCCGACGGAGGAGAUGGCACCGGCGGCCAGGAAGGAGACGGCACCGGUGGAGACGCGAACUACGAAUACGAGGAAACUGACGGGGAAACCGCAGGCACUGACGAAGUGUUUGUGACCUUCCUUAGUACAACAACCACACCAGCUACUACAACCACUGCAUCUUCAUCUACGACCACGACUACCGGCUCUACAACCGUCUCAUCAAGUGCACAAUCCACGUCUCCCACUUCAUCAUCAACGUCCUCUACAACUUCUUCCACCUCCACCAAAUCACCGACAACAACAACAACAACAACUACUACUACUACUACGACGACCACGACCACUACUACCCCACGUACCAGCACGAGUACGACCACCACGCGGCUCCCGACGCCCUCCCAAGGGAGCUUCUUCCGCGACGACGGCGCGUGGGUGUGGGGCUCUCCGAACCGGGUCGCGACCCUCCCCCCGACGCCCUCCACCUCCGCCCCGGUCUUCGAGCCCGUGACCGUCAACACCGGUUUCGGCAUCGUCGUCCUGGCCGAUGCUCAGGACACCAGUGGCCUGGGCGUGCAGAGCAACGGCUUCGGAAUCCUUCUUCAGGACCAGGGACAGAACGUGGCGAGCUCCGGGGCUUCGAACACGGGAUUCGGCACAGUAUCCCGCUCGAAGACGGGAAUUCUGGAUGACUCAAAGCUGCGGUUUGGAACAGCCGCGAACGGAAACUCGGCUUCGAGCGCAGACGCGGCCGCGCCCGAGAAUAUACGAUCCGGUUCGGCCUCGAAAAUCUUUUUCCCCUUGAGGUCGGGGAGCGCCAUCCAGACCCAACCUUCCCCGAGCCCCGGUGUCGGAGAGGGCAAGAGGAAGAAGAGGAGGAGGAAAGGCAAGAGAAAGAAGAAGCCUUCCUCCACGCCCGCUGCCCCUCCAGCGGCCCUCAGCUCUCGCGUUGCUCCACUUCCGUGACUUUCCCGAAAACGACUGGGCCGGACCAUGCACCGCCGCCUGAGGAUAAACAUCGCGCCCUCAUCAAGAUGCUGGCUCCGGCUAGUGGGCGUGGACAGCACGACUACUAUGCGUAGCAAAUUCCAUAUCAACAUACAAAAUAUCUUAGAUGGAGUAAGCAGUGUACUGAUCAGAAAUGGCUAGUGUGCCCGAUGAUCCAAUAUAUACGUAAGGGUAAUAUAGUUAUAAAACGACAUGAGUA